AUCGGAAUCGACCACCACUGCAGCAGUUGUGUGGUGAUGUUCGCGAAAUAAAGCAGGAAUUUUUAUCUGUUUGCUCGUUUGUUCGUUCGGUCUGGGUGAGGGGAUUUUUAUUGUGUAUGACUGGAAACCGUGCGGAGGUGUUUAUCCGGGGCUUAGUGCAGAAAUUCUGAAUCGAAAGUAAGGUGAUUUUGAUCAGUGUGAAGUCCAGGUUCUUGCGAUUUGACCUCCUACCGCAUCGGAACGAAUACGACGGAGGAAAAUCUGGGUGCGGCGUGAAAAUAUUUUCGUUACCAUCUGACACACAACACAACGGAGGUACGGAGGAAACGCUGGAAGGGUGGAACGCAUCACUUGGCUUUGUGGGAGAUGUUUUUUCCUUCUUAUUCUAACGAGUAGGAGUGAAGUGAAUUUAGUUGAAAUUGGAGCUGUUUUUUUCGCUAGUGGCAUUCGUGCGAUACCAGGCAAGUGGAUUCCGAUUAGUAACGAGCGAAGAAGAAACCCGAACGAUAAGCAAGUGAUAUCAGCUGCAGAAAUAGCGCCACACGGAAGUUUGAAAGAUUGCCGUGAAGAAAGGCUAAGAAUUUGAUUUUAAAUUUACGGAAGAAAAGUGAUUCUGGCUGAUUUACAGCUGACAAGUAGUGAAAGCCUUUGACGACGGAAUAAUAUAGCGAACCUACCGCAGGAUUAUUAGUCAUGGGGAAAUUACUCAGUCUGCUGGCACGCGAUGAUUCUACCUGCUGCACACCGAAAACCUACGACGUAUUUCUGGACUUUGAGAAUGCUGCCCCAACCGAUCUGGAACGGGCGGUCUACGAAGAGGUCGAUCGAGUCCUGAAGCAGUCCGAGAUAGUACUGGACGAGAUUCAAUGUUACAAGGGCGCCGGCAAAGAAAUCCGCGAAGCCAUUGCCGAUCCGUCCCCCGAGUGUCAGGAGAAGGCGUGGAACAUUGUGAUACCGCUGGUGGAGAAACUGAAACGAUGCUACGAACACUCACUCGAGCUGGAACGGAUAGUGCCGAUGCUGCUGGGUCAGCUGGUCGGUGGCCGCCUGAAUCCAACACAGCACCUGGAAACGCAGCAAGCCCUCGUCAAACAGCUGGCAGAAAUUCUGGAGUUUGUGUUAAAGUUUGACGAGUACAAGAUGAAGACCCCCGCUAUUCAGAAUGAUUUCAGCUACUACCGGCGGAUUGCCAGCCGGCAGCGGUUAGACCAGAGCAACGAACUGAUCGUCAGCACCGAGCUGGCGAAUCGAAUGUCUCUGUUUUAUGCUCAUGCCACCCCCAUGCUCAAAGUGCUCAGCGAAGCGACAUCGAAGUUUGUCCAGGACAAUUCCGACAACGUAGAUAACACGACGGAAACGCUCGGUACGAUGGCCAAGGUGUGCCUGCGAAUGCUGGAAAAUCCAAAACUGUUGGCCCAGAUUGAACGUGAGGAAACGCACCUGCUGCUGCUGCGAGUGAUGGUCGGUCUGGUGAUACUGUACGACCACGUGCACCCGGUGGGAGCCUUCGCACGCGGUGCCCACGUUGACGUGAAAGGUUGCGUCCGAUUGCUGCAAGCCCAACCAGCCGUCAAGGCGGAACCCCUGCUCAAUGCUCUGCGGUACACCACCAAACAUCUGAACGAGGAAAACACACCGAAAAACAUACGGAACCUGCUGGCGGCUUAAAGUUCCGAUUUCCUCCGACAAGGCGGCGGUUGUGCGUGUGUGUAUUUUAUUAUACUCCCCCCCCCCCCCCCCCCCUAUGCUGCAGAUUAUUUAAAUUUAGCGUCUGUUUUAAGUUAUGUCACGAUCCUUUCUUUUGGUAAGGUUUUGUUUUCGUGUUUUUUAGACAAAUAACUUAAAUCGAAUUAACUCGUAAUAAAUCUAAUUUAAUAUUACAAACAAAUAAACGGUUAAGUGGAUGUGAGAAAAUUUAUCUAGUAUAAUAUAUAACUUAAAUUUACUGUAAAAAAUCCAACAAAAUGAAUCAAAGUGCAUUCAACUAAGCGUCGCGCGAAUAGAAAUAAAUGUUUGUUUUGUUUCUUUUACUUGCUUUGAUAGAUAAAAGAACUUCUUUACAUUUACACACAAAAAACUAUAUUAAUUUAGUAGCAACACGCGAAACUAUACAAUAUACAAUAAAACCUAUAUUAAACAAAGAGACAAAAAGUGAAUGAAUCAAAACAGAGAAAAACACUAAAGAAUAAAACGAUCCUAGAUUGUAAGGGCAAGUAAAAACCUAUCAUCUUUUUUCAUCACAACACUGUUAUCGCCUAAACAUAUAACUGUGAAGAGAAAUCUAUUAAGCUAAAUAAUUGUUGUAUAGAACAAAUAUUUUGAGAUUAUCGCAACGCGACAUGGAACACGUAAGAGCGGGACGCACACAUACCUGUAAAAUUUGGAUUUACUUGAAAAAAAAAAUGAAAUAUUCGACCUACUUACUGUAAUUCAGUUUCAAAUAACUAUCUUCAGACGACCUUGCCGGAAGAAGAAACAAAAAAAAAUAACGAUUAAUCUACCGAUACUGCAAAAUAGACGAAAAGAACAACCAAGCUGUGUUCCUCUUUACAAGACGAAAUGAAAACACCUCAAAACAGGCUAUCGAAAAUCGAUCAAUAUAUUUUCCCGCAUCACAUGCAACUGAAACCAAACCAAUCAGCAGAAAGAAAGAAACAAAUAAUUUAAUCAAUUAACAGAAGCAACUUUCAGUAGACUGGAAUAGUUUAUGUGUUUGCGCUUCAACUGUAUUGUACGUAUUGAUCAGACAAACAAACCGCCCAGUGAUAUCAGCACUCAAAGGUGUGGCGGCGGCGAGAUUCAGUUAGUAAAUGAUAACAAAGUAACAAUGCAAUGAUUUUAGACAUCAGUUACGCAUCUUGUUAAACGUCGUUAGAAUAAAGGUAACCUAAAACACGUCUAGCAAAGAAACAAACAAAAAUCUAAGAAAGACAACUGAAAACUAACAAUAUUAGCAGUCAACGGGAGAGGAUGGUAAUUGACGUUGUUCAUUGGGGUUUGCAGUACUGCAGACAACGAGAAGCUUUCUGUGACUUUUUUGCGAUUGUGAACUGAAAGGUGGUCAAAGAUACCAAAGUCAAAGUCGAGAAUAAAAUUCAAAUAAUGACGAGAUUGAA